AUGACCCAGCCUGCCCUGGACCAGCUCCGCCACCAAUUUCUCCUGCCGGCCCACCUUCCCCUGGUCAUCCGUGGUGAUAUCAACCGCCCUGACAUUCACUAUCUGGUCCAAGCACACCCCCCUAGGCUCUCUGGCGCCCGCCGCUUCCAAUAUCUUUUGAACCUGAUCCGUGAUGCACGCCAGGCUGGGCAGAUCCCCCCUAGGGGUCAGGUGAUCAUCUACCUUCCCUAUAAGGGCAUGGUGGAGGAGUUCCAUCAGGCCUAUCCCCAGGAGACUGCCUAUUUCCAUGCCGGGCUGCCAGAGGAAGAAAAGAAAAGGGAGGUGGAGAGCUUUGACCAUGGGCAGAAGCUGGUGCUCCUUGGGACAGCUGCCAUCGGGGAAGGAUAUGACUUUGCUCAUACUGCCAUGGUCAUUCACUGGGGGACCAGAUGGGGCAUCAGCCAGUUCCUUCAAGCUACAGGGCGUGCGGCGCGGGGUGCUGGGGAGAUUGGCUGGUCAUAUGCCAUCAUCCCCCCUUGA